UUUAGUUUUCAAUGUUUUCAUUACUUCAUUAGGUACGAUUUACGAAGACGACAAGUUCAGUGACUAGGCGUAUUCUAUUAUAUACUAAAUAAGAUUGCCAUUCACCCUUCAAGUAUUUAUCAGUUAUAAUAUUUUAUAGUUUGCACGCGCAAGUGGCAAGUGCGCAACUCGUAGUUCGUACUCCAAACCGCCGAAAUCUGCGUGGAUUGCAUCAUUUAACAACAAUAAUAACAAUAUAUAUGACGUUGAAGUCGUUUAAGAGGAUUGGCUGCUCUCACGUCUCGCCCGCCCAAUCUUUCCGGCUCUUCGCCCACAUUACUGAUAAUUGCUAACCGUUUGCGCUUGUGUUCGAUGCGAGUGUUUACAAUUAUUGUUUGAUGAAUUUAAAUUAAAUUUUCUCUAACGCAAGGACAAAGCGGCGUCUCCAUUUUUCGCGGUUUUUCUUUGUCCCUUCGUUUUGCAAACGUCCGCUAGUCAGGACUUUCAUUUUUUUAGUAGUUACUACUUUACUAGUUAGUCGACGGUAUAUCCGCGGACAACACCAUCACCUUCACCACCACGCGUGCAACACAAUUAUUUUAGCUAUGGCCGAUCAAAAACCAAAUGAGAAUCAAAAUUCUGAAUUUUGUAAGCCCAAGGAUCCCAAAGAUGUUGAAAAAGCACAAGAAGAGUGUAUGAAGAAACAGUAUCAAAUGAAAUCAAAUUGGCCUCCAGUCAGUGGUCAUUCUGCUCUCCUCCAAAAACGUUUAGCCAAAGGGCAAAAAUUUUUUGACUCCGGUGAUUAUCAAAUGGCCAAACAGGCAGGUAAUGGUAAUAAGUUGAUUAAUAAUCGUCCUGUGCAACAAGUAUUGGGUUUUGGUACUGGAGAUACCAUACCCACACCAGACACAGUUCCGGCGCGCAAGACGUCCAUCAUUCAGCCAAAAUUUAACUCAAGUUCCACUCCGUCAUCCACUACGUGAUUUGUGUGUUUAAUGGGUUAUUAAUAUUUAUUUACAUUUAUUUUAUUCAGUAAUUUAGUUCAAUCAAAUGUUAAUCAUUUUAAUUUUGUUAAUGUUAUGACUUGUGGCCCAUGGAAUAAACAAAAAUGGCCAUUUGAUUAAGCUAUUUUUUUUUUUUUUUUAAUAAUUUUAUCUUUAAUAAGUAUUGAAUUAUAUGUUUUAUUCAUUGCAUUAUAUUUCAAUUAUAUUUUAACGCUCAUAAUAAAGCAUUUUUUCCAACAAAGUA